UAGCGCAUUAUAUUGGACGUAAUUUCAUAUUCUCUUAUUCUUUGAUGAGAAAAAAAAAACGGUGCUUGAUCAACUUCAUUUGAACUUUCAUAUUUGACAUGUCAACGCGUGUGUCAUUUUUGCGCGCAACAUUUGCCAUCGAAUGUGUGAACACUGGACACACAUUCGUUGGUGACAUUUGCCGCGAAAACACAUUGGCAGUAUCGCUGCUGCUGACACAAGCAUUUUUCGUUCAUAAGCCAACAAAGGACGUUUCUAUUCGACGCAAUUAAAUUCUGAUCGUGUUUUCGCGAUUUCAAGUCGUCGAUUUUAUUGCAUUUUUCAGAACAUUCAUUGUAAGAACGACUUGGAAAGUGUGAAAAUCCACCAAAAAUCGAUUAAAAGCAAAAUAAAGUCGGUGCAAGGAUAUGGAUAAUAAAAAGGAGCGAUCGGAAUUUCCACGGUGUGAAGAAGAUUCCAACGAUCGGACGACAUUUUCAAUCCACAGCAUACAAUUUGGUGACUUGGCCGAAAUCAAACAAGAUGGUGACAUUAAGCCAGAGACAGUGUCUGUCGGUGAAUUGGUUGAUAUACCCGCAUCAACUUAUCGGGUUGCAAAAAGCAAUGGUCUAGGCAAUGGUCUUUAUUUUAGUGGGCUUGCUGAUGAAUAUGACUUUGAUUUCCAAAGUUUGGACGAGGCAAAGGUCGAAAUGAAGGCAAAUUGUGAUGACAAGAAAGAAGAAGAAACCAACACAAACGUCGAUUGCCCAGAAGAAUCGGCAGAAAAUCAACCAAAUCAACGUGACAAACCGUCGCAUGAUGAUGGAGAUUUGGUGAUUCCAGAAAUUGAUGAUAAUCUACAUAAUAUACCAGAAGAAAGCGAACAUGAUGAGCCACCGCAUGAUGAAGUGGAUAUGUUGGUUCCAGAAAGUGACGAUAGUCCACACGACAUACCAGAACAAAUCGACAGUGCACAUGAAAAUCCACAUAAGUGUGAUUCUUGCGAAUUUUCGGCUCAGUUUGAGUCUAGUUUAAAGCGACACUUGCUGAAGCACACCGGCGAGCGGCCAUUUGGAUGCGAUUCCUGUCCGAAGCAAUUCACAACGAAACAAAUUCUCCAAACUCACAUGAAAGCUCAUGUCAGCGACUUUCCGUUUCAUUGCUCGGGUUGUUUGCAAGGAUUCAACGAAGAAGACCAGAAGAAGGCACACGAAGUCAUUUGUCAAACUCUUCGUUAUGAAUGCUAUGUGUGCAAGGGAUCGAUUGGAUCUGAUAAAACGACAAUGGUGAUUCAUAUGCGCGUGCACAGCGGUGACAGACCAUUCAAAUGUCAGCAAUGCUUCAAACACUUCACAAAAAAUGGAAAUCUACACAGACAUCGGAAAAUUCAUGCUCACCUCAACAAGCACAUGAAUCGUGUUCACAACAAGCGCAACUGACCAACGCAUUUCCAACGAAAUAAUUCUAUUCUCUGACCGAAACAUUGUCUACUCAUUUUAAAACAAUUUUAUCCAUUUUGAAAUCAUUAUAUUUUUCACCCACACAACCUGUGUAGCACAAUCAAGAUUGUUCAUUACAUUUGAAACUUUCAAUUGAUUUUUCUUCGUGUUAAAAGUUAGUUUACCUAGAAUUAAGUUUCUCCUUUUCCAUGCAUGAACUAAAUUAUAACAUCAUUCGAUUGCAAUAAAUAAUAAAGAGAAGAAAA